GUCUGGUAGAUGGUGAAACUGUAUUCUUCUCCAAUAUCAGAAGAUAAAAACUGUCCUCCAAAAAAUGGAGGCCACCUAGACCUGUUAAGCCUAUUGAUACUUUUUCGAAACAUUUAUGUUUUGUAUUAUAAUCCCCUGUUUGUUGUUAUGCUUUAGUGACAUCACAACAAGCGCAAGGACAAUAUGGCCCAGUACAAAGUUCCAGAUCCUGACAAAGAUGAAGUUUGUCCUUAUGACAAAUCACAUGUCUUUCCAGCCAAAAGGAUGCAGUAUCAUCUCAUGAAGUGCAGAAAGAACCACAAAGGAAGUGUAUUUGCCACCUGUCCUUUCAAUGCAAGACACGAGAUGCCUAAACCAGAGCUGCGCUUCCAUCUAGAAAAUUGUCCAGACAAGGCAGUGAUUGAACCGAUGCUAGCUCAUGAGAGUAGUAAGAGGAAUGGAGAAGAUGCGUCCAUGUUUAGAGGAUGUACAGAUCUACCUGUGUAUGAUAAUGUUGUAAUUAACAGCGAGGAAAACUGGGAUGAUGAGAUUCCCUCUGUGGCCAGGAUUGGGGUGGACCCCCAGUUCUUUGCUCGUCAAGACCAUAUGAUUAUCCCAGGACUGACAAAAUCAGAGAAGAAAGAGUUUGCAAAACAAAUGUACCUUCCUGCAGAAGAUAGAAGGUACUUGUCACACAACAUAGAAACAGAACAGCCAUUAAAGGAUGAGCAGUCGAAGCUGCGUCUCCCUAAAACGGCAGCCCAGACUUAUCUAUCCAAUCAGAAUAAGUCGUUUCAGCAGCCAUCAGCAGUGUUUGCAUAUUCUUUAUCUAUGACAGGUGUAGGUAGAGGACUACCAGAUAAUGGUACGAGUAGAGAAGAGAAUAAAAGGCCAGGUCGAAGCAGGGGGAGGGGCCAUGGCUCCAUCAAAGCAGUAGGCAGGGGAACCACUAUUGCUGAAACAAAUAGAAAUAUGCCUCUAGGAAAGGGGUUUAACCACAAUAAUAGUGGUCCAUUUUCGACUGUCCAGAAAGGAACCCCAGCAGCUGUAGGUCUUGAGGGCCUGAAGACCACCCCUGAGUUUAGUGUGGGAGUUGGUCGAGGAAACAGAGCAUCUUAUGGAAUGUCAUCCCCAUUCUCCUCUGUGAUUGCUGCAAUGCCUCAACAAAACAAAAAUGCAGAAAAAGACUUGGAAUCAGAUUACAGUGUGAAGGAUGGGGACAAAAAGCUGAGGAGGAUCGAGAAGAAGUUGAGACAGAUUCAGCUGCUGGAAGAUAAGAUGGAGGAGGGGUACACUCUGACAAAGGAGGAGGCUGCAAAAGUUGGCAUGAAGAGAAGUUUGACAGCUGAAAGAGAUCAGUUACAACAAGAGAAUGAAUCAAGAAAAAUUUAGAGAUUUUUGCAAGUUGAUCAAAUUUUUUCCAACUAUAGUGUCAGAGAUUUUUUCUUUUUUUGAGUUUUGUAUAUAGUUUUCUUCAUAAUUAACGUGUAAAUAGUAUUUCAUACAUUGACAUUAAGCACAUAUGUUUGAAUAUGUGUGAAUAUCCUCUUUAUUUAAAAAAAUUGAAACCAAGAUGCUUUUGAAAUAUUCUUUUAAGGUAUAGAUCUAACUUUAGUUAGUUGGUGCUAAGACAGGUUAGAAAUGGUGAGGUGAUGUGGAUGUUUAGAAUAAACACAUAUUCAGAUGAUUUUUAGCUCACCUGAGCCGAAGGCUCAAGUGAGCUUUUCUGAUUGAAAUUUGUCUGUCGUCGUUGCCGUUGGCGUUGUCGUAAACUUUUCACAUUUUUAGCUCACCUGAGCUGAAAGCUCAAGUGAGCUUUUCUGAUCACAUUUUGUCCGUAGUCCGUCUGUCCAUCUGUCCGUCCGUCCGUCCAUCUGUAAACUUUUCACAUUUUCGACUUCUUCUCCAGAACCACUGGGCCAUUUUCAACCAAACUUGCCACAAAGCAUCCUUGGAAGAAGGGGGUUCAAGUUUGUUCAAAUGAAGGGCCAUGCCCUCUUCCAAGGGGAGAUAAUUAAGAAUAAGUGAAAAUUUGGUGUCUUUUUUUAAAAAUCUUCUUCUCAAGAACCAUUGGGCCAGAGAAGUUGAAACUUAUGGGAAACCUUCAUUACAUAGUGUAGAUUCAAGUUUGUUCAAAUCAUGACCCCCGGGGGUCGGGUGGGGCCACAAUGGGGGAUCAAAGUUUUA